GCCUCGCGCCCUCCUAAGCGGUGCUGCAUCCAGAGUGCGGCGCGAGCUAGCGAGAGGCGACGGUGCGGCCACUCGGCCGUGCGGUGACUGCGGCCACCUGCCGGAGCCCCCUGGCCAGUCCUCAGAUCCCGGCGAUGCGCCGCGGCGCCGCAUGGGCGCUGCUGCUGGCCGCAGCCCUGGGGCUCGGGGCGCGCGGGGUGCUCGCUGCGGUGACCCUCGCCGACUUCUACCCGUUCGGCACGAAGCACGGCGACGCCGUCACCCCAAAACAGGACGACGGCGGCUCAGGGCUGCAGCCCCUCUCGGUGCCCUUCCCGUUCUUCGGCGCCGAGCACUCCGGACUCUACGUGAACAAUAACGGGGUCAUCUCCUUCCUGAAGGAGGUCUCUCAGUUCACCCCCGUGGCCUUCCCCAUCGCCAAAGACCGCUGUGUGGUGGCAGCCUUCUGGGCGGAUGUGGACAACCGACGUGCAGGUGAUGUCUACUACCGUGAGGCCACUGACCCAGCCAUGCUGCAGAGAGCCACAGAGGACAUCAGACGGUACUUUCCUGAGCUCCCGGACUUCUCUGCUACCUGGGUUUUUGUGGCCACCUGGCACCGUGUGACCUUCUUUGGAGGCAGCUUCUCUUCCCCCGUCAACACAUUCCAAACAGUGCUCAUCACCGACGGCCGGUUCUCCUUCACCAUCUUCAACUAUGAGUCCAUCUUGUGGACCACGGGCACACACGCCAGCAGCGGGGGUGACGCUGACGGCUUGGGAGGCAUCGCGGCCCAGGCAGGUUUCAACGCAGGUGAUGGGCACCGUUACUUCAACAUCCCUGGGUCACGCACAGCAGACAUGGCUGAGGUGGAGACCACCACCAACGUGGGCGUGCCCGGGCGCUGGGCGUUUAGAAUCGAUGAUGCCCAGGUGCGCGUGGGGGGCUGCGGCCAUACAACCUCUGUGUGCCUGGUCCUGCGUCCAUGCCUCAAUGGUGGCAAGUGUAUUGACGACUGUGUCACGGGCAAUCCCUCCUACACCUGCUCCUGCCUCGCUGGCUUCACAGGGCGGAGAUGCCACCUGGAUGUGAACGAGUGUGCUUCCCACCCGUGUCAAAAUGGUGGGACCUGCACCCAUGGUGUCAACAGCUUCAGCUGCCAGUGCCCGGCCGGCUUCGAGGGACUCACCUGUGAGUCAGCCCAGUCUCCAUGUGACAACAAAGUGUGUCAAAAUGGCGGCCAGUGCCAGGCAGAGAGCAGCUCUGCGACAUGUGUGUGCCAGGCUGGGUACACUGGGGCCGCCUGCGAGACAGAUGUGGAUGAAUGCAGCUCUGACCCAUGCCUGAAUGGAGGAUCAUGUGUUGACUUGGUUGGAAACUACAGCUGUGUUUGUGCAGAACCCUUCGAGGGACCUCGAUGUGAGACAGGAAGCUAUCUGGUGCCUUCCCCCUGCCUCUCCAACCCCUGCCAGAAUGGGGGCACCUGUGUGGAUGCGGAUCCAGGAUAUGUGUGCGAAUGCCCUGAAGGCUUUAUGGGCUUGGACUGCAGAGAGAGAAUCCCCAAUGACUGUGAGUGCCGGAAUGGAGGCAGAUGCCUGGGUACCAACACCACCCUCUGCCAGUGUCCCCCGGGCUUCUUUGGGCUCCUUUGUGAAUUUGAAGUCACAGCCACGCCCUGCAACAUGAACACACAGUGUCCAGAUGGAGGCUACUGCAUGGAGUACGGCGGGAGCUACCUAUGCGUCUGCCACACAGACCACAACAUCAGCCACUCUCUGCCAUCACCCUGCGACUCCGACCCUUGCUUUAAUGGAGGCUCCUGUGAUGCCCACGACGACUCCUACACGUGCGAGUGCCCACGUGGAUUCCACGGCAGGCACUGCGAGAAAGCCCGGCCACACCUCUGCAGCUCGGGGCCCUGCCGGAACGGGGGCACGUGCAAAGAGACAGGCAAUGAGUACCACUGCACCUGCCCUUAUCGCUUCACCGGGAGACACUGUGAGAUUGGAAAGCCAGACUCCUGUGCCUCUGGCCCCUGUCACAAUGGUGGCACUUGCUUUCACUACAUUGGCAAAUACAAGUGUGACUGCCCUCCAGGCUUCUCUGGGCGGCACUGCGAGAUAGCCCCCUCCCCCUGCUUCCGGAGCCCAUGUCUGAAUGGGGGUACCUGUGAGGAUCUAGGAGCAGAUUUCUUCUGCCACUGCCAGCCAGGGUAUACAGGACACCGGUGUCAGGCAGAGGUGGACUGUGGUCGCCCUGAGGAGGUGAAACAUGCUACCAUGCGCUACAAUGGCACUCACAUGGGCUCGGUGGCCCUGUACACGUGUGACCGUGGCUUCAGUCUGAGCGCCCUCAGCCAUAUUCGUAUCUGCCAGCCACAAGGUGUCUGGAGCCAGCCUCCCCAGUGCAUUGAGGUAGAUGAGUGCCAGUCUCAGCCAUGCCUGCAUGGCGGCUCAUGCCAGGACCUCACUGCCGGUUACCAGUGCCUCUGCAGCCCAGGGUACGAAGGAGUCCACUGUGAGCUAGAGACAGACGAGUGCCAAGCGCAGCCCUGUAGAAAUGGAGGCUCCUGUUUGGACCUGCCCAGGGCUUUCAUCUGCCAGUGCCCUGAAGGUUUCAGUGGAGUCCACUGUGAAACAGAGGUGGACGCCUGUGCCUCCAGCCCCUGCCAGCACGGAGGCCGGUGUGAGGACGGUGGUGAGGCCUACCUGUGCGUGUGUCCAGAGGGCUUCUUUGGCUACCACUGCGAGACAGUGAGUGACCCCUGCUUCUCGAGCCCCUGCGGGGGCCGCGGCUACUGCUUGGCCAGCAACGGGUCCCACAGCUGUACCUGCAAAGUGGGCUACACAGGCAAGGACUGCACCAAAGAGCUCCUCCCGCCAACAGCUCUCAGGGUAGAGAGGGUGGAGGAGAGUGGGGUCUCCAUCUCCUGGAGCCCCCCCGAGGGCACCACGGCCAGGCAGGUGCUGGACGGCUACGCGGUCACCUAUGCCUCCUCGGACGGAUCCUUCCGACGCACGGACUUCGUGGACCGGAGGCGGUCCUCUCACCAGCUGCGGGUCCUGGCGGCAGGCCGUGCCUACAACAUCUCGGUUUUCUCAGUCAAGAGAAACACCAACAACAAAAACGACAUCAGCAGGCCUGCAGCACUGCUCACCCGCACCCGACCCCGCCCUAUCGAAGACUUUGAGGUCACCAACGUUUCAGCCAAUGCCGUCUCAGUGCAGUGGGCUCUUCACAGGAUCCAGCACGCUACUGUCAGCAGGGUUCGAGUGUCCAUCCUCAACCCUGAGGCCUCGGUGGCCCAGUCCACUGAAGUGGACAGGAGUGUGGACCGACUCACAUUUGGGGCCCUGCUGCCGGGAAGAAGAUACAUUGUGCGGCUAACCACCCUCAGUGGGCCUGGAGGAGCUGAAUACCCUACUGAGAGCCUGGCCUCAGCACCACUGAACGUGUGGACCCGGCCUUUGCCUCCAGCAAACCUGACUGCCUCUCGAGUCACAGCCACCUCUGCCCACGUGGUCUGGGACCCCCCCAGUCCUGGUAUCUCACUGGAGGCUUAUGUCAUCAAUGUCACCACCAGUCAGAGCACCAAGAGCCGCUACAUCCCCAAUGGGAAGCUGGUGUCCUACACAGUGCGUGACCUGCUGCCAGGUCGGCGGUACCAGCUCUCGGUUACAGCUGUGCAGAGCACAGAGCAGGGCCAGCUGCACAGUGAGCCUGCCCACCUCUACAUCAUCACCUCCUCCAGGGAUGGCACCGACAGACGUUGGCACCAGGGAGGACACCACCUACGGAUGCUCAGAAAUAGACCGGCCCCUGUGCGCCUGCCAGAGCUACGUCUGCUCAAUGACCACAGUGUCCCUGAGACACCAACUCAGCCCCCCAGGUUCUCGGAGCUUGUAGAUGGAAGAGGAAGAGUGAGUGCCAGGUUUGGUGGCUUGCCCGGCAAAUCAGUCACUGUGAGAUCGCAACCCACCACUCUGGUGCCGCUCAAGAACACAGAGGAGGCCCCUGAGCAGGUCAGCCUGGCCCUGCAGCUACCCAAGAACAGCAGCAAGGACACAGAAAGUGCCCCUGGUAGCUGUUCAGAAGAUGCCUGUCAGAAUGGAGGCACCUGUGUGCCAGGUGCCAGCACCCACAGCUGUGACUGCAAGCCUGGGUUCAAAGGCAGACACUGUGAGCUCGCCUGUGAAAAGGUGCCUCGUCCCUGCACACGGCUGUUCUCUGAGACUAAGUCGUUUCCUGUCUGGGAAGGAGAUGUCUGCCACCAUGUGUAUAAGAAAGUCUACAAAGUUCACCAGGACAUCUGCUUUAAAGAGCGCUGUGAAAGCACCAACCUCAAGAAACCCCAAACAGGAAACAAAGUAACAGUCAAACACUGAAGAAAUCUUAAGGCACACUCUCCUUCAAACCAAGAUCUGUUGAGAACUGGAGAUACCAACAUACCCAGCACCCUGAGCACUGAGGUUCUUUAUCAGACACUGAUGGCACAGACUCAGCACUGUGCUAUUCAGACCCAACCAGGAAGGUUCCAGAAUUCCCUGACUAUAGCCUCCCUAUAGACAUAACCUGGUCUGGCCUUGCAUAUGAAUCUGCUUACAGGUGGAAAUGAGACUUUAUGAGGAGGGACAACUCUCUCUCUCUCUCUCUCUCUCUCUCUCUCUCUCUCUCUCUCUCUCUCUCUCUCUCUCUCUCUCUCGGCAGACCAGUUACAGUGAGGCAAGGCACGAGAACCACUGGCCUCUUCAGGGCAGUGGGCUUGGGUGGUGGAAAGAAUCAAGGAUGCCACACAACCCUGGGGGUGCUGGGAAGGACCUAAGGAAGUACCUCCAAACCCUAUGAAUGGCAUUUUACUGGUAGAAUAGGGUGGGAGCCUUGCCAUGUAACAUCCAGGUGAUCCUAAAUACAGCCUCUCCCUGGGAGAGUUGCAGUGGAUCCUGGAAUUCUAAACACUAAUAACCCUGAAAUCAAAGACACUUUGCCUGUUUGAUCCAGCAUGCUUCACCCACCUCCCCAUGUGUAAACUGUGAGAGGUUAAAGGGCAUUAGAUUUUUUUUCUACAACAGUCUGGAAAAUAUGGGGUGACUCUGCAGAAACCCCUGUACAGCCCGAACUCAGCCCCACAGUGACUUCUGAUUGGCCUGACAUCAGCUGGGAAUGAAAGACUGGCUGGCCCAAGACAGUUUACUCCUCUUCCCUGGGAAAGCUAGAACAGUUCAUCUUUCCAGUGGUGGAAGAGAGGCACAUCUGGAAACCAGCCACUUCAGGAGUCACUUUUUCUUCUACAGUAGAGGACAUGAAGGAGAAAUGUCACCCAAAGGCCUAAGAACAACCAAAAGCAAAGGAACUCCAGGCGAAGCUCAUCCUACGUGCUCACAGAUAUGACAUCAGCAUAGCUAGAUCGGGGCAUCAGACAGGCCCAAGCAGCAAGGCCUUUGCAACCUCACCAUUUCAGAUGGGAAAUCCUUGCCUGAAGAGCAGCUGACCACACUCAAAUCUGUCCACUCAACGGCAUCGCCUUCUCCUCUCAGCCUCCAAGAAUGCACACACAAAACACCCCCCAACACUUGUGAGCAACUUAACCCCACAAAGAUCAAGAGUCCACCAAUUAUUUGGUUUUAAAAUAUUUGUAAGACAAUAAGUCACUUGAGAUAUUGAUGCAUCUCUUUUAAGAACUCAUCCAGAAAAUUCAUUUUUAUAAAAAAUGAAUAAUCCUCAGCUACUUACCAAUACUGGCUUAUAAGAAACUUAUUUUCAGAGCAACAGGGAAAACACAUACACACACACACUCAAGUAAAACAGCAAAAGUUACCAUUCAAGGCUGCACUGGGGAAAAGACCCAGUGCCAUCACCAAAAGGUAGGCAGCAGAGGACCAGCAGCCUGUUGAUUCAAAUUUAAAUCACAGGCUGAGCCCAGGUGUCCCCACAGAGGUGCCUGUGUUCUCACUUCCAUUCCUUUGGCCAGCUGGAAUUCUGGCGAUGCAAGAAUGAAUACAGGUCCUCUGGGGGGACAGUGCCUGCUGCCCCCAGAGAAAGACAGGGGUAUAAAGAGGACUGUGUCUCAGCUGCUCUUCCUUCAAAGAGGUCAGCAUGUGCUAGUAACACUGCCCACCUCAAGAAUUUCCAAAACCCAGGAAGAUGAGGUCCAAAACUUAAAAAUGAGACAAGUUCCUGACUGUAGCUGGUCUUCUCUAAGAUCUCUGUGCUCGGAUUUCUAGAAGAGAGACAGCCAGACCCGCACACCCAAGGACUCCUGCAAGGGAGAACUGAAGCACCUAUAAUCUUAAGCCAGCUGCUGUGUUCUGCCAGGGCCUCUGUGAGUAGUGAGUGUGCAAGUUAUCUGGGUUAGCAGGCUCUCAGUGAUGCUUCUCUGUGCUCAGAAACCCACCCCCAGAUUCCAGUGUCGGAGAAGUGUCCCCUGAACCCUCAGAACGUGGAGAAGAAAGGGCUCGGCUUUCACAAGAGAUGCAAGAAGGGUCGUGUGGAGACAGACGAGCUUUACCCCUGCUCCUCUCGUGUAUCCUCACCGAAAGAAGAAAUGCUGAUUACUACUACAACAGGGUUUAGACACUUGGUCUACAACUCAGGGGUUGGCAGGGCAGACAAAUGCUCAGGCAGCAUUUCUGGGCUUUCAGAUGAAAUGGCCUCUCUGGCACCCACCCAGUUCUGCUACUGUACUGCCAACAUGGUCACAGAUGUAGAUAGCAUGGCUGUAAUUCCAAUGAAUCUUCAUUCACAAAAACAGGCAGUAGGCCAUAGUUGGCAGGUACCUGGUUUGUGAGAUGAUCCAGACCUCAGUCUCCUAUAGAGAAAGACAUCUCCUGGCUGACAAAUCGCCAUCAAGGCAUGAAGACCCCUCAACCUUCAUAGAAGAAAAGCAAUCAAGAUCCUUGCUCAGAACCUAAGAUAUGCAUACAGCACAGAAGAGCAGCAGGAGCUGCUCUGUUCAAAUCCGAAGGGAACACUUAGUGGUACAGGGCAGGUGGGCUCCAGAAGACAGUGUCCAAGGCUUCUUGUAGUCUGUACCUCAAGUAGAUCGUGUGCCCUACCAAGACGAACAUACUUCACACAGCCUCCGCUUCCCACUCCACUCUCAACAAGGCUCCAAGCAGCUGUCUUCUGCAGUGAGGUCAGAACCAGAAAAGCCAACCAAGAGCAGAGCUGACCUAACUGGAGAUCUGGCACCAAGAACUACAUCCCAACCAGAGGCCUCCUGCCCUCCAGUUCAUGAAGACAUGCUUUGAAGAAUAACAUUUAUUUUUCACUACAAACUUCUGAGCCUGUGCAUUAUGCAGUCUCUCUUUUUCAGGAAGGUGGAGCAGCCAAGUCAAAAACUCACUACUGUACCUUAGAUACACACUGACUUAUCUCCAGGGACCUGGAGGGCCAAAGACAGGGUUCAGAGACCAGGUCCACAAACAUGUAUGUCAAAUUCCAUGCGACACUCAGACCUGCCACCAUCCCUCCUCCUAAGCUACAGCAUUAGCAGUGAACGGCAAGAUCAAGUGACAUCACUGGAAACAUAGAUGAAACCUUUAUACGAUACGAAUGACCUCAGGAGCCUUACCCGCCAGGCAGCCGCUGCCACGUUCCCAUUUCCUGUUGGAGCCUGUGUUUCAAACAAGACCCAGCCUACUGAAUGCUGACUGUGGAUCUUCAGAGUGGAGAAAGGCUUGCUGGUGCUGAGGAAGAAGUGUGUAUCACUCCAAACACGCUGCUUCUGCUUUCUCACACAUCUUUCUUUAAGCAGAUGUAUGCCCUUCAAAACAGUCACGGUCCACUUGGGAAAUGGCACAAUGGAAUCAGAAAACUUACAAGGUAUAAAAGAUUUAUUUUUGUGUCCAAAUGAAGGAGCAAUCAUGAGUUGUUGGGAUCACCAUUUGCUGGUCAAAAAUAUGGGAGAGCAGACACCUAAUUAAGCUCAGGGUUGGGGUUCUAUUCGGCUCUGAUGGAGCCCAAGACCAAACAUCCUACAUUCAGGGAAAGUGGAGGUCAUUUCGAUGCCACAAAGUGGAAAAGUAGGCAGCAAAGAAUGAGCAUCACUGUUCUCAAAUAGUUUUGUCCAUGGCCAAGAACAGCUAGAAGGCACUCACAUUCUCCACUGCCCAUGGGCUGUUAGUAGCUGACAGGAUGGCUUGCUGUCUUGCUUUGUGUGGAGAGUCCAACAGGCAAAGACACACCCUUCCCAGGAGUUAGCCUGCCUCACAUACCUGCCAUAGUGGGAGCUCUGACUGUAUGGGAAUCUUGGAGCGACUGCUUUUCUUUGUGAAUACCCUCCUCUUUGCAGUCAGGCUCCAGGGGAGUCCAAAGCCUCUGCACUUUGGUGCUGAUUACUCACAAAAUACACCUCAGAUCCAGCAAGAUCUCUACCUUAGACAGAAAUAAAUAUUUGAGUCCAUAACAAUCCAAAUUUGUUAUGGUCACAUUUCUGGACCAGGUCUUGGAGCAAUUUCUCAGCUUUGACACUGCUUUGUGGACCUGAUCAUCCACGUGAGGGCAAUGUAGGAUAUUUUGCAGCAUCCCUGGCUUCUAUCCACAAGAUCCCAGCGCCAUGACACACAAAAAAACAUCUCCAAAGAUUGUCAGAUGUCUUGAGGAUCAGAGUCAUUCCCAUCUAAGCUUUGGAUUCUGUCUAUAUAGGAAACACACAGGGGUCUCACAUGACUAUUAAAUGUCACCAAGUAGGAAAAUAAUACUACCAAGCAUAUCUGAUUUUGGCUGUCCCAUCAAAAAGCUUUCUGCAUCACCAACCCUGUGCAAUUUCCUGAGGAAGGACCACAGACAACUUUCUAGAAGGCCUCAUAGCUCUAUCAAACCAGGCCUCUCCUCAGAGCUCACCUCAUCCCAGUCCCAGGACAUUACAUCACUCCAAGACACUCACCAUGCUCCCCAGGGUGAUAUCCAUGCCAGGGUAUCUGAAAGCUUCCUAGAACAAACCAAAAUCAGACCGGGGGCCUGUGCUCUUUUCCAUCUAUCAUACAGAAGGCAGAAGGGAUGUCACCUAAGACCACUCCCCGCCCCUGAAGUGCUGGUUCUGAGACAGUUCACUCCGCAGCACAGGCUAAAGAGCCAAAGAUACUACUAGCCAGGAACCCACAUGAAGGCCAACUUGCCCAAGCAGGAAGGGUCAGCAGCUCACAGAUGAGAAGACACAAAACUAAGGAACAUAUUACUAACCAACGCCUUUCACUCGCUGUACACUGAACACAUUAGAGGGCCGUGAAAUGAUGUCGGAUUAAAAAUAUGACUAUUUUGUGGAAAACCUGCUACUUGUUUUAAUAAAAUAAAGUGCUAUGAC